AACACAAAUUCCGAUUUCUCUUUCCCUUUUCUUUUUAUCAUUUUUUUGACUAUGCGAGGUACCAAGGCACUGUUACUAUUGACCUUUUUGUGGAUAGUAGCCUUGACUGUUGCUGCUAAAGAUUACUAUGAGAUCCUUGAUGUACCUCGAGACGCGCCCAAAUCACAAAUCAAACGUCAUUUCAAAAAACUUUCAAGAGUUUAUCAUCCUGAUAAAAACUCUGGUGAUGAAAAGGCUUCACAAAAGUUUAUGGAGAUUGCCAAUGCUUAUGAAAUCUUGAUGGACGAUGAAAAACGAUCCAUUUAUGAUCGUUAUGGUGAAGAGGGAUUAAAGCAAAACAACAACCAUGGUGGUGGAGGCGGAUUCCAUGACCCCUUUGAUAUUUUCUCUCACUUUUUUGGUGGUGGACACCGUCAUGGUGGUCAUCAAGAAAAAAGAGGCCCUGAUUACCACAUUACACUUCAAGUCACUUUAGAAGACUUGUACAAUGGUGCCGAAAUCCAAGUUGAUGUCUCUAAGCAAGUCUUGUGUGAUCAUUGCCAUGGUAGUGGUGCACGUCACCCCGAUGAUAUCCAUACAUGUAAUGCUUGUUUAGGCAGCGGUAUGAUUGUCAAACGAGCUCAAGUAGGACCUGGCAUGUUUCAACAGUUUCAACAAGUCUGUCAUGCAUGUGGCGGUAAAGGCAAAACCAUUGAACACGCUUGUCCUCAUUGUGCUGGUAAAAAAGUACGCAGAGGCAAUGAAAAUUAUUCGCUUUAUAUCGAAAAGGGUAUGAUGGAUGGCCAACAGAUUGUGUUGGAGGAAGAAGCAGACGAGUAUCCUGAAACGAUUCCUGGUAACAUUGUAUUCUCGACACAGGCAGCACCUCAUCCUGUGUUUGAAAGACGAGGCAAUCAUUUGUAUACAAAACAACAUAUUACCUUGAUUGAAGCACUUGCUGGGUUUAAAAAGACCAUCACACACUUGGAUGGUUCUACUAUUGAACUUGUGAGAGAAGGUGUGACUCAAUAUGGCUAUGUACAGACCAUGAAAGGACAAGGCAUGCCAUAUCACCAAGACCAUUCACAGCAUGGUGAUUUGUUUGUAGAAUACCAAGUCGUUUUCCCUACGCACGUAGAUGCAGAAACCAUUGAAUAUUUGAAAAAAGGCAGUACAUUUAAGCCUCACCUCAUACACCAAGAACUCUAGACAAAUUUAUUGAAACAAUAAAAAUGGAUUUAAUGCUUGUGCAUCUGUCCGCUUGGCCACACGUAAUUUAGCUGAUCGACUACGAGCAUUGUUCUCUACUUCUUCAUCUGUAGGCUGAAUGACAUGUUUUGUACAGAUCUCAAAAGAAGGCACCACAUGCUGCUUUGUGGGCAUGAUCAUCUUAUGACUCACAUCCGUACUGUAUUUGAGUGCCUUUUUGUAUUCUUUACUGGCUGCUCUCUUGAGACUAAACUGGUUUUGUUCCGCAUCUUGAAUCGAUCGUUUACCAGAACAAUGUUGCAUGAAGUUCUUG